AUGAAUGUACCCCUAACCAUCGAAGAUGCCAUCACAGUCACCAAGGCCCUCGAUUUCCAAUAUCUUUGGGUCGAUCAAUAUUGUAUCGAUCAGGGAGACCCAAAGGACAAACACGGGCAGAUCCAACAGAUGGAUCGUACAUACAAAUGCGCCGCUCUGACCAUUAUUGCUGCCGCUGGAGAUGGUUGCAACUAUGGCCUGCCAGGGGUGUCAGCCUGCCGCCGGGAUGUUCUGGACCUCUUUGUGGUCGAUGAUGUCUUUACCUUUGGGAUUCAUCCUCAGGAGGACCGUCAAUAUUGGAAGAGGGGGAGGUGGCAUACCCGCGGGUGGACUUUCCAAGAGGCUCUCCUUUCAAGAAGGCGGCUGGUCUUUUCGGAUACUGCCAUGUACUACGAGUGCAUGGGCUACACCGACGGAGCAUGGCAGAGUGAACUGUUCGGAGGCGUUGACCGUGCUAGGGCCGACGGUGCCGGUGUUCAGUCUGUUGUCGGUUCGAAUACAUUGUCGAAUCUGGUUGACCUUGGUGAAGACAAUUUUGAGCCGGUGAGCCACAAGGGUCUUUUGGAGUCAUUUCUUACCUACAUCAGCCUGGUGACUCAGUACACCACGAGAAGCUUGUCACACGACAGCGACGCACUUGACGCCUUUCGUGGCGCGGCCAAUGCACUGCAACAUUUCGACCAUCCGGUUUAUAGUAUCAGCGGCAUUCCUUUUGUUGUGCCGGAUCAGGCUGGGGCAGAAGAUAGCUUGGUCGAAAACAGCUUCUUGUGCGGACUUGCGUGGCAAUCGACAGCCGGUGGCGUGGCUCCCAACCCGGGAUUUCCGUCCUGGAGUUGGGCCAAUCCCAGUGUGUGGAAUGUGACUUGGAUCCGCGAUGACCAGGAACACGAGCCAAUCUUGACCGAAGCUAUUUAUCAUGCGCACGGUGUGCACAUUGAGUUUGAUCUCAAUGGCAGUAAGGAGCUACAUGCAUUUGCUGAAUUUGCAAAAGCAUGCCGGAACCCGACGCCGCUCGCUCGGUUUGAUGGGACCCCAACAGCCUUGUGUUUCAAGUCUCGCAUUCUCUUUUCGCGCUUCACCUCGGAGUAUCUGGAUUACAGCUAUGAGUCGUUUAUUGGAGAUGCUUACACCGAAAUCGGUUAUGGAACGUUGCUGGCCGCGCACGACACGUUCAUGAUUCUCAACCGCGCUGCUUAA